GGCCCGCGGCCAGGCCGGAGGCGGGCAGGGGCUCGGGCCGCGCAGGGGCGCCCCCACCGGCGGCGGCUCGGCGACAUGGGCCGCUACUCGGGCAAGACGUGCCGGCUGCUCUUCAUGCUGGUGCUCACCGCCGCCUUCUUCGCGGCCGAGCUGGUCUCGGGCUACGUGGGCAACUCCAUCGCGCUGCUGUCCGACUCCUUCAACAUGCUGUCCGACCUGAUCUCGCUGUGCGUGGGGCUGGGCGCCGGCUACGUGGCGCGGCGACCCCGCGGGGGCCUGGGGGCCACCUACGGCUACGCGCGCGCCGAGGUGCUGGGCGCGCUGAGCAACGCCGUCUUCCUCACCGCGCUCUGCUUCACCAUCGCCGUGGAGGCCGUGCUGCGCCUGGCGCGGCCCGAGCGCAUCGACGACCCCGGGCUGGUGCUCGUCGUGGGCGCGCUGGGGCUGGCGGUCAACGUGCUGGGGCUGCUCAUCUUCCAGGACUGCGCCGCCUGGCUCGCCUGCUGGGGCCCCCGCCGCCGCCCGCCGCCGCCGCCGCCGCCGCGCGAGCAGCCCCAGCCGCCCGCCCGGGGCCGCGCCCCGAGCGCCAUCGGGGGCCCCCGGCGCGUGGCGGCCGCUGCAAGGCAGGACGAGCAGGGGGCGACGGUGUUCUCCAACGUAGCAGGUGAUUCUCUGAACACCCAGAAUGAACCAGAGGAGACUGUGAAAAAGGAGAAAAAAUCUGAAGCCCUGAAUAUCAGAGGUGUGCUUUUGCACGUGAUGGGCGAUGCCCUGGGGUCAGUGGUCGUGGUGGUCGCGGCCAUCAUAUUCUAUGUGCGUCCCCUGCCCCCUGAGGACCCGUGUAACUGGCAGUGCUACAUCGACCCCAGCCUGACUAUCUUCAUGGUCAUUAUCAUUUUGUCAUCUGCCUUCCCGCUCAUCAAGGAGACUGCUGCCAUUCUGCUGCAGAUGGUCCCCAAAGGCCUGAACAUGGAAGAGCUGAUGAGCCAGCUCUCAGCUGUGCCGGGGAUUAGCAGCAUACAUGAAGUGCACAUCUGGGAACUUAUAAGUGGAAAGAUCAUUGCCACACUGCACAUCAAGUAUCAGAAGGACAGGGGCUAUCAGGACGCCAGUAGGAAAAUUCGAGAGAUCUUUCACAGUGCGGGAAUCCACAAUGUGACCAUCCAGUUUGAGCAGGUGGACUUGAAGGACCCUGUGGAACAGAAGGACCUGCUGUUGCUCUGCAGCUCCCCCUGCAUCUCUAAAGGCUGUGAGAAGCAGCUGUGCUGCCCUCCAGGGGCCCUACCCCUGGCCCAUGUCAACGGCUGCGCAGAACACAAUGGCUGUCCCCCUCUUGACACAACUCUGAGUGAUAGCUUCGCUAGGCAAGAAACAACAGAAGUGGUUAUCGAAGUAUCUUCGGACAACUGUCUGAGUGACCAUGGACAAGCUCUUAGCAAAACUCAGGAGGACCAACAUUAUGUCAACAGCACACAUUUUUAAUCUGGUCACCACAUAAACAGACUGUAUAGACGAGGUAUUCUGGCUGGUGGAAAGACCUGUGUGGGCUGUAUCAAAUCUGCGGUGUGCUCGCUCUGUGUUCAACGAGGGGCUGGUUGUUUGGGAUGUUAAUUGCAUGUAUCUGUUAAUUUCUGUGUGACUGAGAACUUUACGUUGUCCCCGGUGUCUCAGGCUGCUCUUCAACAAACUCACUGUUUUAGUUUGAACAUUUAUUUUAAGAAGCAAACUGUGCUCAUAUCUGUGUCAGGGACGUUGAAGGCUGGGACUCUAAGGCUGUGGACACGGGAUUCAAAGCAGUUCCUGUUUUAUUUCCACUUUCUAAGGUACAACACAAUACAUGUAACUUGUAGCUGACUCAGGUGAGCUCAUAACCAAGUACACCGAAAAAGCUUAAGAAUCGUGAUAGCUAUUUUUUUUUUUCAUUCCACUAGAAGAUCACAAAAAAAGGAAAGUUGGAUAGUCCUAUCACUGCGGAAAUUUUUUUGACUCAUUUUUGAAUAAAUGAAAAGUGAAUGUCUAUUAGAGUAAAAAAUAUUCUCAGAACAUUAGAGGAAGUGGAGUUUAUUAGGGGAAGACAGGAAGAAAAUCCGUUGACUACCUCUUCAUUUUGUGAGACGGAGGGAGACUAAUGUUUACUUUCCGCUGUGAAAUGAAUUAUAGCUGCAGGGUGCUGGAGAUGUUUAAUGCAUAAAAUACCUUUUUUUCCACUUGGAAGUGUGGGAAUAUUUCCACUUUCUAAGGUACAACACAAUACAUGUAUCUUGUCUUGCAGAAUCAGUCCACUGGGACUGUUCUCAUUUAUUGCAUAAUGGCUCACUUUUCCUUUGGGUCUUUUUUUUUUUUUUUUUUAAUAGGAUCACACUUAUAAGUAUAGCAUUUACCAGGAGAACAUGGGUAUUCCUGAGAUAGAAGACUAUAUGACACUGAGUAUUCAUUCCUGCCAAAAAAAAAAAAAAAAAAAAAAAAA